AUGUUCGAAAUUCAAAAAGUAAUGUCAGUAGAGAACCCUAAUUUACCAACUUCCUCAUGUGGAGAUGACGUCGAUUAUUAUGCUUUAUCACCAACGAUAUCUCAGUUAGAUCACCAAGAAAUCAUUGAAACAGGCUUUUCAUCUGGCAAUCCUCUGUUCGGCGGGAAUUCGAUAACUGAGAAAGCCAUUCCCACUUCAAAUCUCAAAUUAAAUCAAGAAGCUGAUGAUCUCUUCUCAUUUGAAUUAGAUACUCAUAUACUUCCAUUAGAAUUAUUAAAUAACGAUUUAGAUAGUCCAGAUUUUAAUUGGACAGAUUUAUUGCCUGAUUCUAAUGAACUAGUAUCUUUGGAAGAUAUUAAUCCUAGUAAUUUUCUAAAAUGUGAACAAAUUGAAAAUGAGAAAGUGAAAUUCACUAAUAAUUAUCAAAACAAAUCUCUCAUUAGUCAUUCUAGUUCUAUAUCAAAUUCUUUAUAUAAAAAGAAAACUACUACACAACAACAACAACAACAACAACAAAAGCUUUUGUAUUCAUCACCAGUUUUGACUUUGUCAAAUUCUACAAAUCAUCAUUAUCAUCAUCAUCAUCAUGGUCAAGUGUUUAAUUCAAUGGAAAUGAAUGAUAAUUUAGAUUCAUCUGAAAAUGAUGAUGAUGAUGAUGAUGAUGAUAUGAAUGAUUCUUAUACAAAUACGAAACUAAUAUGUUUAAAUAAUGAAGAUUUGGUGAAUGGUAAACCUGGAGAAUGUGUUAAAUUAACUGCAGAAGAAUGUAAAAUGCUUCAAAAAAUCGGUUGUCAAUUACCUAUCAAAUUUCCAUUGAGUCAAACUAACGAAAAAGCAAUACGUACUGUCAGACGAAAAAUUCGUAAUAAACUUUCUGCCCAAGCUAGUCGUGCCAAACGUCAGAAGUAUGUAACUGACUUAGAACGUCGGUAUUCUAUGUGUACUGAAGAAAUUAGACGAUUACGUCGACAAGUAAAUGAAUUAGAGGAAGAUAAACGGAAUCUUACAUUUCAUCUACGAAAAUUGAGAUCUUAUAUUAAUAAAUUGAUGAAUAAGCAAAAUAAACAAUCUUAUUUGCCAUUACUUGUGAAUUCCAAUAAUGUUGAAUUGAAUAAACAUAACAAUAAAAAAGUAACUGCUAAACAAGCUGCUACAGCAGCAGCCGGUGGAACUAGUCUCCUCUUGAUGACUUUUAUGAUAUUGAUGUGGACUGCUGUAGUUCCAAUACCGUCGGUUAUGAAAACUAUCGAUACUACACCAUCAAGUUCUACAGGAAACUUUUUCGGUUUAUUUCCAGGUCGGUCUAGAAUGUUGAUGAGUAUUAACCAUCCAUCGGAACUGUAUUCUUACUCCUCCUUGUCAUCAUCCUCUUCCCUAGAAAUAAUUCUUAAUGAAUCAAGCACAUUUUCAUCCGAUCCGAAUAUCAUAGCAGAAAAUUCAGUUGAAUAUGCUGUUCCAAUAAAUCAAUUUAUUUCACCAGUGAAAUGAAAAAAACAAAACAAACCAAAAACGUAGGAUCAUUUCAUGAAAAUUAUUUAUUCUUGGACCAACCUUCUUCAAUAAGCACAGAUUAGACGUGAUUUUGGAUCAUCUACUCAAUUAUCAUAACCAUUAGUUGGAGAUGUUAAAUGGCAUAACCUUAGAACUAAUAAUAGCCAUGAUUCAAAUGUAUUCACACAUCCUUUCUUAACUCUUGAGUUUUUUUUAAUUAUCGUAUACUUAAUAUGCAUUCUGUAUACCCCAAUGUUUUCAUUCUUUACUGUAACUUAUGCUGUUUCUACUAUCUUGACAUUUGUCUUAAAAAUUUCAUCUCAUUAUAUUGAUGUUGUGCGUAAUGUUGAACCGAUGAAUCGGAUUCUACAUUGAUUACAAAUAAUGAUUAUUAUGUAUCAUUUUGAUUAUGGUUACUUACACUAAUUAAGUAAUAUUUUAUUCUAUUUAUUCUAUUUGUUUUCAUUUGAAAGAUCAUAGAAUAAUAAUGAACAAAAUAUCAGCAUUAAUUCAAAUUUACAACUAUACCACCACUGUGCAUUCUUACACACCAACACACACACACAGUGCAUAGACACAACAUUUUUACGUGAAUAGCGAAUAACAACAGGCAAAGAAUAAACUGAAUCAAACAGUUUAUGAUAUUUUCAAAAUAUAACAGUCUAAUUUCUUCUUGUUAGUUAAUUUCCUGCUUAACAUUCUCAACGUCUAUUCCUUUUUCAUCAUGACGGUUCGAUUGAUGAUAAUAUAUAUUCAUAUUUUACUUUGCAUAUAAAUGAAUAUUUUAUCAUGUACAAA